AUGCCCCGUUUUACGUCCACUGAUUUCCCUGCACCCUGUUCCUCCACUGGGGUUCUGAAUCGCCUAUGCGUUGUCUGUCUAGCAUCUUAUGCCGAUGCUCGGCAUACAUUAGGCCGACUAGUGCUACGUCUGCAACAGCAGCCGCGACGCCGACUCACGGCUAGCCACCCGACGGGACUGCGUAUUUGUCUGUUGGGUAGCGACGCCCUGAUCGCUUGUGUUCUACGUGCUUACGUUGAUCAGUUAAGCUCCCGUCCUAGCGAACUGGCUGCGGCGCUUCGCUUCUAUCCAAUCCCGAUCACUGGCCUUCUCUUUGGUUUGGCAGUCACACCAAUAACCUCUCCAGAAGAGAACAAAGUUUCUGCAGAUCUUGGCAGGACGAUGAUCAAACUGCCAUCUGAGAUAACUCUGCAAAACUGUCAUGCUGAGCUGCUUAAAAAGAUGGGCAAACCUCAUCCACUGCCCAGUUCUGCAAUUAGCGCAAUUACCGCAUACAACACAUUAGCUUGCUAUCUUUGCCAAGUGGACACCCUCUACGCAUGCCUCUUCGGCGAACUAGCUAGUGGACCACGACUGGACUCAUCGGCUAGCUCUCUUCCAACUCCUGUCCCUCGUUCUGGAUCGCAAGAUGUAAUUUGCCAAGCAUCUGAACAGGAAGCGCCUCCGAAUGGCAUCGAGGUCUCUGAUUAUAUGGACACAGUAUCAGAAUUUAUGCCGCAUACUGCCGAAUCAUUACCUGAACCACAACCGAAUAUGAUUAGCCUAGUUCGAGAAUGGCCACUAUUGAGCCGUGUAUUUUUCUACCUAUCAACUUCACAAUACUUUCUCCCUCUGCCCAUCGGCGAAUGUCUGGUUAGCUUGGGCUCCGGUGGUUCAUUUGGACUGGGAUUCACUCAGGUAGGAGGCUGUUCCCUGGGCAUUUUUGGAAACUCGGAGUCAAUAUGUCCUGUUUCUGGGAUGCCGAUUGACCGUCUUACUCCAGGAGAAUGCAGUUUCUUCUCUUCUUUAAUUACAUCUAGUACUUAUGCCGCUUGCAAUGUCAAUGAACCAGCGGUUACAGGUAAUUUAUUCUUUCACAUUAUACUACUUUAG